AUGCGCUUCCUCGCCUUCCUCCCCCUCCUCCUCGUCGGGCUCUACAAGCUCGACCAGGCCCUCCCGCGAUUCUACAUCUUCGACCCGCAGAGGCUCCAGGAGCUUUCCAAGGCGUCAAUUGAACGCCACCCGAACAAUGUUACUGAGUUAAUGACGGAUCUCAACCUGGCGCUGCGUCAGGAGUAUGGGGAGAAGCAUGUGUUGCCGUUCGAUACGGAUCCGGCCCGUUGGGUUUUCAGCAACCACGGCAACGCAAUGGGCGCAAUGCUCAUACUGCACGCGUCGAUUACCGAAUAUCUCAUCUUCUACGGCACGCCGCUGGGCUCUGAGGGCCACUCGGGCGUUCACCUCGCAGAAGAUUACUUUACCAUACUGCAAGGCGUGGAGCGGAGGUUUUUGCCCGGAGAGCUUGAGGCGACGGAAUAUUAUCCCGGUGACCAGAACUGGUUGAAGCGCGGGACUGGAUCGCAGUAUCAAUUGCAUGGGUGGGCGUUGGAGUUGGCGCAAGGCUGGAUUCCAUCUAUGCUUCCGUUCGGCUUUGUCGACACGUUCACGAGCACGUUGGACGUUGUGAAUCUCUGGAAGACUGUAUACUGGACCGCCAGGGGAAUGGGUGUGCAGCUAUUGAUCGGGAAAUUUUAA